AUAUCCUUCCUAGUUUCGAUUUCCUCCACAUAGACGUUGCACAUGAUAUUUUGUUAGAAAUUUUGAUUUUUCUUACGAUUGUGUAAGUUUCUCUCUUGUAUCAUAAGGAAAAUCGCAUGCCAUUUAACAACACAAUUUAGUAUCAUAAAAGAAAAUGCUAAAAAUAAAAAAUAUGUCUGUUGAAAGACGAUAGUGAUAGUACAUUAUGAUUAGCUUAGUUGUAGAAGAAUUUAUUUAAUUUAUUUGUAGUGGCUUAAAAUUUAAAAAAGUAGUGGUAGGCUAGGUAGGCGCACUGGUAAGUAGGUAUUACUGUUAGGGGCCAUCCAUUAUUGUCGUCACGCAAAUUUCCCCCCCCCCCCCCCCUCUCCCAAAAAUUUGGUUAAGUUCCUUUAAAAAAGUAGUGGUAGGCUAGGUAGGCGCACUGGUAAGUAGGUAUUACUGUUAGGGGCCAUCCAUUAUUGUCGUCACGCAAAUUUCCCCCCCCCCCACAUUCUCACAAAGAUUGGUUAAAGUUCAGUUCAGGUGCGUAUAUUAAUUCUUAGGGCUUUGGUAUUUUCGGAUGUAAACUUAGACUAAGGACAACUUACGUGUAUUCUUUAACUUUAUUAAUUAAAUCCCAGGCAGUAAUAGCUAACUAAUACUGAUUUAGACAGCGCUUUUUUUUUAUUUGAUUUCUAAAGCGUCUUUGAACAUCCCCCAACCAAAGUUAUGUAGCCCCAUUUGUUUUGUAUUUUUAUUUUCACCCUAUUUCCAGAUUUUAAUCACCCAUGAUAGAAUGCCUAACGAAAUUUUCAAACUGUAGACAUGUUCAUCAUCAUCAUCAUGUCCCUUAGUCCUUGGACCGUUGGGGCGCCACAGAUGACUUGUGAACUAUCCUCCUCCAUUCGUCUCUGUCUUCUGCACUACGCACAGCAUCGCCCAGUGUUAGUCCUGUCCACUCUUUGAUGUUAUCCGCCCAUCUUUUUCUUCCUUUUCUUCUCCCUCCUCUUAUGGUGCCCUGCAAUAUUUCUUUUGCAAGCCCUUGUUUCCUUGUUACGUGGCCGUACGAUUGUAAUUUGCGUUUUUUCACACUGGAUUCACAGUCAUCAGUAGGUCAUCAUACUCUCCAAUUGCCUGGCGAACCCUUUCUUUCUCUGUAUCAUUUGAGAUAUGGUCUCUAUAGCAGAUGCCAAAAAUGCUUCUGAAGCAUCUCAUCUCCAUCACCUUUAUUUUCCUUUCAAGAUCGGCUGUUAAUGUCCAGGAUUCACAGGCAUAUAGGAAAAUGGAGAGAACUAAUGUGCGCAUCAGCCUGAUUUUGGUGCUGGGGGCUAUAUUUUUGUAAUUCCAUAUUUUCUUGAGGCUCUUUAGUGCUGUUGAAGUCUGCGCAAUCCUGGACAUCAGUUCGGGCUUGGAGCCUUCUUCUGAGACUAUUGCUCCUAGGUAUUUGAAGCGGCCUACAGUCUCUAGUCUUUCCUUCCCAACCUUAAUUUCAGUGGUGAUUCCUGUGGUGUUAUUUGUCAUCAGUUUUGUCUUUUCAGCACUGAUUAGCAUGCCGUAGGACGACAAGGUCUUAUCGAGAUGCUUUACCAGGUUGGCUAGCUCUUCUUCGUUACCAGCCAGUCCGUCUAUGUUGUCCGCAAAGCGUAGGUUGGUGAUUGUUCUACCACCAAUGCUGACUAUACCUUCAUGCACUUCCAGAGCAUCUGACAUAAUUCUCUCUAGGAAGAUGUUGAACAGGGUGGGGGAGAGCAGGCAGCCUUGCCGUACUCCAACCGUGGUCUUGAACCAUUCUCCGAUGUUGUUGUUGAGGAAGACUGCACUGGUGGCCUUAUCAUAGAGGUUGCAUAUCAUUCUGGUGAGGUUUGUUUUGAUGUUUUAGUGCCUCGUGGUGGCCCAUAAAGAAGCAUGCCAAACCCCGUUGAAUGCUUUCUUGAAGUCCAGAAAGACGUGGUAUAGGUUUUGUUGGUGUUGAGCAUAUUUCUCACACAGUAUUCGGACGUUUAGAAUCUGCUCUUUAGUGGCCCGUCCUUGUCUGAAGCCCGCCUGUUCUUCAGCAAUGAUUCUGUCGGUAUAUGGUUUUAGUCGGUUCAAUAUGACCUUGCUUGAAUGGCUUAUUAGGCUAAUGGUGCGAUAGUUUUGCCAUAGCUGUAGGUUACCUUUUUGAGGAGGGUGAUGAUGAGCGAUUGGGUACAUGGUUUGGGCCAUUCUCCUGUAAGCCUUAUUUGGUUACAAAUAUUGAAUAGGGCAGUUAUCACAAAAAGAAUAAAAUACUGGGAAAAAAUGGGGUGGGGUGGUGAACUUAAUGAGAUGUUCCGUUUUGGGAUAGGGGCCAAAAAUGUGUGUUUUUAUUUCUCAUAUGAGAUAUGCAUAAUUAUAAUUCCAAACAAAGAAGGCUCCUGCAUGGGUAAAUGGAUCUAGAUCAAACUUAGUAGACAUACACUUGAUUAUCAUACGCCAUACCUGCUAUCGAUACUGAAUGGUAAUGAAUUCAUAAUUUUAAUUUUCCCUAAAAACUAGUGUAGCUCAAGAUGGCAUUCAGAAAUUUAAUUUUUUUUAACCCUUUUGCUAACAUCUAAAUUAAGGGGCCUGUAAAAAACACAUGAAUAAUUUUUUUUUUUAUUUUCUCCUCCAAAAAAAAUUCAUAAAAUACAAUCUGAAAGUUAUCCUGAUCCCCAGUGGGCUCCCUUCCAAGUUUUAAUCCCAUUCCCCAGUAUGGGAUCCCAUUCCCGAAGGGAUCCCAAUCUCAGUAAGAUCCAGAUACAAUAGGAUCCCAUUUUCGGGUGGGAUCCCGAUCUCAGUAAGAUCCAGAUACAAUAGGAUUCCGUUUCCCGAUGGGGUCCCGUUCUUGGUGGGAUCCCAGCCCCAUUAGGAUCCCGAGCAAUGUUUCUGUGCCGUAGAUGAUGUCAGGUUUUAAGCCGUUGAUCGAGUUUGCUAUCUCUACUCUCUUCCCACUUGCAGACUGAAAGUUCACAUUCAAUAUGCGCAAUGGUCUGUGUUUCUAUUUGUCUUGCUGACUGCAGCGCUUAGGAGUUUAACAGUGUUGUGGCUGAAAACUUUGAAGGUCUUUUGGUGUGGUGCAUGAGGGAUUCAGCGAGAAAUCUGGGAAGUCUGCCCGUGUACCAUGGAGGUCAAUUUGCUGCAUUGCUGGUAAUCGGAUCACUUUGUUCAAAAUGGCAGGACGAUCAGAUUAACAAGAAUUCAAAUUGUUGAUCGAACUGAAAAUUGAAAUGAUGCAGCACUACGGACUGAGAUUUGGUUUUUAUACGCACUUUGUGGGGCACCAAAUACCGUCAAUACAACUAUGGAAUUUCUUGCAAGGCUCUCCCCUUUGAAGAACAAAAUGGAAUGCAACAAUUGCCAUGUGGCUUGUAUACUGGCUACGUAUGUCAAGUAUGAGAGUUCCUUAAUAAUUGUUGCGCACUAGGGCGUCCCAAAAAAAUGAAGUUUUGAAAUGUUGAUGUCUCACCCCACAGAAUAUGUCUGUAUGGUAACAGUAGUUAACCUGCAAAAUUUCAGCUCAUUUGGACAAUGUUUAGAGGUCCCCAAGAGGUUUAAAGUUCCAGAUUUUGGUGUAAAAUCAUGCGCGGUCAAAUCUAAUACAGCGUUAAUGUUGCAUUAUAUUAUAUGCAAAACUGAUAUAUUAAGUAACAAAUUGAUGCUUAGUAUUGUUUAUAAUAUUAAAUGAAACAAAAUAUAUAAAUCUUGAAUGGUUUAUAUUUUUAAAUUUGAAAUUUAAGUAAAAAAUUAUGAAAAACAAAGUUUUAUUCAUUUUGUCAAGUUAAUUCUUGAAAGAAUGUCAAUCUGCUUGAAAAAUAAUAAUAAGCAAUGCAAUUAAGCAUUCCUAAUAUUUAUCUUGUACUUUGUACUGUAGGUUAGACAAAAAUUUUAAAAAGUUCUUCAAAUUUAAAUUUUAGCCAGCUGUUCACGAUUACACUCUGCAAAAUUUUUCCGAUGUUUGUCAACCACUUGGAGCAAAAAUUGUUUUUGUUCUUCGUCCUUGGUGAUACUGUCAUUGAAAUUUUGUAUCAAUGCUACACCUCGCUCUGCAGAGUCAUUGAUACAAGCCAGAUUCUUUACAAAAUCUGCUGCAACUUUAAAAGAUGGUGUAUCUGACCAUGCUUCAACAGGAACAUCUAGAAAACUGGCAUCAAUGUUGGAUGUUUCAAAAAAUGUGGUAGAAGCACGCAAAUCAACAACACUUUUUGGUAGUGUUUUUAUGAGAUGCAGUCCACGUUCUGAUUGCAUUGUCCGAACAAGGCCAGUUUUUUCUUUGUCCGACAAAAGGGUUGAAAAUAACACAAGCGUCCACAGUUCCGGACUCAAGUACCACGAGUGACGCACCAUCAUUUUCAAUCCAGUCGAUCGAAGAACAGCAUCAUCAUAUUCGUAUAAACGCUGUAUCAACAAGAUAUCAUUCACAGGUGCAUCUGCGGUGAGCCUGCAUGAAAACCAUGAUUGAAGAUAAACACAUAUGGUAAACCGAUUAAAGCGCUGAAUACCUUGUAAUUCUCGAGCUGUUAACUGAAAGAUGGUUUCGUUGCCUGCAAACAAUAGUUCGAUUUUCAAUGCAUAGAUUGCUUUCGCCAUCCACCUUGCCCUAUGUAGGGCACCAGGUCUGCGAAUGCUGACAUCAACCUCCAACCCAACCAUUUGUGCAGCAAGCAGAAGAAAUUCCAAAUAAUCAUCACGUGAAUGACUGACCUCAAGUUGACAUUUGAUAAAUUCUUUAAUCGAAUCGGACACGAUUAUCAAAGGGGUUCGGGUGUGUGGUUUAAUUCUGGCCAUUUUUCUCGAAACCUCUUAAAAAACAAAAUCUCUGGUCCAGUGGAUGGUCCAAGACAAACAUUGAAUGCAUCGGAAAGGAGUACUUCCAACAUGUGAUGACGGCAUGCCAUCCAUAAUAGAUUACGUCCCAGGGCUACUUCUAACAGAGUGCAAGCUCCAUUGAGUCUUCCAGUAUUGGAAGCCGUAGUGUCGAAGCACAUGCCGAUGACCAUAGAUUCGCACUUCCACGAUUUGAUAUGUUCAUAUACUGCAUCAGCAGCUGCCCGUCCUGACCCGGAUGCUAACUUGGGAACACCAAGAAGCUUUGUAGUGCCAUCGACAAGUGAUGAGAGCAGGACAGGUAAUCGAUCGACGUUGUUGGUAACCUCUCCGGUAACAUCGGGCAAUAGCUUACCAUCCCAAUGAACAAUUGAUUUUGAGGGAAUAUAGUCUUCUUUUAUACGUGCUGCAGCUUGUUGACGACGAAGCUUGCGAUGACAAUGCAUUGUGCUCUUGGAAAAUACUGCUUAGUUUAAAACAAUCAAAUCUUCAAAAAAUAUGCACAAGUUUUGCACAUUAGGUAUUUUAUAUGUUUUCUCGCAUUUAUUACAUUUUCUAAUUAAGAAUCACACAAUUUCAACUCUAGUUAAUGGUAGCAAUGAGGUAAAUAUAAGUAUAUUUAAACUUCAUUUUAUUCAUAUAUGCAUGCAAAAACUGCAAGUUAUUUGAGCCACGAUUCGUCUGGAUUUUUAUGUUGGCCUAAUACUGGAAUUUUAAAAGCUCUUGGGGGACCUCUAAAUGUUGUUCAAAUGAGCUACAACUUCACCAAUUCACUCAUUGUACCCAAGAGACACAUUUCAGGGGGUGAGACACCAAAGAUUUUUUAAAAAAAAUUUUCCAAGCAUUUCUGGGACGCCCUAUUGGGCACUGAAUAUUAUGUUUGAUUAUGCCCGGUGUGUUUUUAAGAGAUUAAUUAGUUAGUGAAUGCUCUUCCCGAGAUAACUUGGUGAUGUAUAUUUAUGCAUACUUAUUAUGACAUAUUGUCUGUUUUGUGACGUAGGUGUGAUUAGUUAGCAAUCAUGAACUUGAUAUUUUAAAACUGUUUCCCAUUAAUUAACUGAUAAGUGUUCCACAGAUUUUUGAAGAUGAACAAUAAUGGUCAUCUUUGUUAUAUAUUGUCAUAUUAAGUUAUUAAUGAUGAGCGCCAUAUCUGACAACCAAAUUUGUGUGUGUGAGGGGAGAUAACUGGCGAAAAACUCAAUUUUCAUAAUUUCUGAGCUGCCUAACUUUUUUCAGCUAUUGCUAUUAUUAAUGAAUAAAGUUAUUCCCCAUUGUGAAAAAAUAAAGCCCUAGCUCUGUAUAGCGCCAUGUUUUGCGAGUUUUCAAAUCUAUUAAUUAAGUACAAACCGAUCCAUAAAAAUAAAUCCAAUGCGACUUGUGUCACAUUGGGAAAUGGCGUUGGUGACCUGCCGAGCGCGAGCUCUUAAUGCCCCCCCCCCCCCCCCCGGCCCCCCCCCCACUGGCCAGGUGAUGGGUUUCCCUGCCGCCAGACCGUGCAGCGGCACGUCAGGAACCUCCCCCCGGCCUGGGGGACAUUGCGAUUUACAAAAUACACAAUGCUGCAAAAAUGAUAUCGCUGUGUUUGGAAUGUCUUUACUAGAUGGAUCUGAUUUAAUCCUAUAUAUAUAUGCCGGUAGCUUUCCUAGUCGAGGGAGAGAUUUUCGCUAUAUUUCCUAACAUAUAAGAGACAUUAUAUAAUUGCGUGUGUAAAUUAAAAUUUGUGAACCUUUUCACUUGCCAUGCUAUAAGUUGAUAGCAUUUUUUUGUCUGUUUUUGAAUUAGUAUUUUUAUAGAAAUUUAAUCGUAUAAUUAUAUUGAAUAUUGUUAGUAUCACUAGCUUUGGUAUUGUUUUCUAUGCAUGCUGUUUUUCUCAGUCCUUUUUUACGCAUUGUUCAUUCUUCUACACCUGGUAUGAACAACAUACGACCCGCUGGAUGCUAGCGGCCAGCAAAAUAACGAAAUAUUCUUUAUUAUUUUAUUAAUAAUUUCCCCCCUGUCUUAUUAUCUUUCGUUCUCUUCCCCCCAAGUUUUCCAUAAAGUAUUACUAUAUAGCUGCUACUCUCUGUUAUCAGUGUGUGGCCUAUACAUUUACUUUUUUGCUGUUAUUAUUGACUUAUUCCAUUGUCUGUUCUAAUUUCUCAUGUGCAAAAUUUGCCUAUUUAGGCAUAAUAAAAAGUCUUAAGUAACUAAUUAGCACUAUUUGGAGUUUGAAUGAGAAGAAAAAAGGUUUUUUGAGAGAUGUUAACUUUUAAAUCUAUCAAUUGGCACAUUUUUAUAUUUAAGCCUGAAAUUAGGUACACUAAAGAGUUAUUUUAUCAUAAUAAUGGGCCACCAUAACACGGGAAUUCUUUUAUUUUUCUGUGCCAAGGCUUUUCUUACUAGUUUUAACAUUUAAUUAAUUUAAAAGAAUUGUUUCUAUAACUUUUUUAUCUUAUGCCUUUUUCCAGUAAAUGGCCAAAGGAGAUGCACAAGAUCAGAAAAUAAGAAAGCGGAAACUCCAGGAUGAUGUUAAAGAAAAGAUCCAAGAUGCAUCCAAGGCAAGAAAGGCAGAGCAUGGUGCGAGUGGGGAUGCAAAAGUGGAAUCUUCCAAAGAAAUUGAUAAUGUACGAUCCAAGAAUAAAAAGAAGGUAACCUCUUUAUUUGUUUUGAUAAUUUAAUUUUUAGAGACAAAAAAAUAAUAAUAAACUAAUAAUAUCCUCCGAAUAGCAUACUUUUAUUUUGUGAUCUGCAUCAUUUAUUCCUCGAACAACCUUUUUUCUUUUUUUACAAUUCCAGGAAAAGACCAAUAGUAGUCGAUUCAGUCUCUUCGGCUUAAUUUGCGGAAAAAUCAAAUACAUCCUUCUUAUGAUUUUUGUCCCACCAUUUCUGAAUUAUGCCUCGAUACAGAAAGAGAUGGUAGAAUUAAAACCUGAAGGUCAGGAGAUAUUUAAAUAUAAUAGAAUUAAUUUUUUCUUUCAGUAAUAUUAUUCAGAUAAAUGCAAAUUAUUAUUUGAAAUUGUAUAAUUUUCAUAACUCAUUUCAUUGUAUUUUUGUCCUUUUUCUUUUAGGAGAAUUCUAUGACAUAGGAUGGGGUCAAAAGUUAUUUCUAUCAUGCCGUGGCAAGGGACCACCAACAGGUACUGCAUAGAUCAAAUAUUGUUACAAAAAUUGUGAGCACCAGCAGGUACUGCAUAGAUCAAAUAUUGUUACAAAAAUUGUGAGCACCAGCAGGUUAUCACCAAUAGAUCAGAUAUUGCAAGGGGAAAAAAAUGUGUUUUGAACAUUUGAUUCAGUCAGAUACGGUACACAGAAACUUUAUACAUUUACAUCUCUAGUAUAUUUUGAUAUUGAUGAAUGCUAGGCCAUAUCUUUGAUACUGAUGAAUGUUAGGCCAUAUCUUGGAUACUGAUGAAUGCUAGGCCAUAUCUUUGAUACUGAUGAAUGAUAGGCCAUAUCUUUGAUACUGAUGAGUGCUAGGCCAUAUCUUUGAUACUGAUGAGUGCUAGGCCAUAUCUUUGAUACUGAUGAAUGCUAGGCCAUAUCUUUGAUACUGAUGAAUGCUAGGCCAUAUCUUUGAUACUGAUGAAUGCUAGGCCAUAUCUUUGAUACUGAUGAAUGUUAGGCCAUAUCUUUGAUACUGAUGAAUGCUAGGCCAUAUCUUUGAUACUGAUGAAUGCUAGGCCAUAUCUUUGAUACUGAUGAAUGCUAGGCCAUAUCUUUGAUACUGAUGAGUGCUAGGCCAUAUCUUUGAUACUGAUGAGUGCUAGGCCAUAUCUUUGAUACUGAUGAAUGCUAGGCCAUAUCUUUGAUACUGAUAAAUGCUAGGCCAUAUCUUUGCACUUAGUAUCUUUCAGAAAUGGAGACCUAUAAUAAUAAAUGUAAAAGAAUAUCUUUAAUUAUAUUUUGUGUGGUCUCUAAAUGUCCUUUGUAUAAUUUCUGGCAACAAAAAGUCAAAAUACUUAUAGUUCAUAUCAUAUUUAUCGGCGUAUAACACACACUUUUCUCCCUGAAAAUAGGGGGAAAAUGAUGUGUGCGUGUUAUACGCCGAUAUAAUGUUAAGGACCCAUUAGUACAUACCGUAUAGCGGCGCAAAUGGUGCAUCUUAUACGCCAAUAAAUACGGUAAUUACAAUUAAAAUGACUUCAAACCCUCUCCUGCCUAACCUGUUUUAACCAAAGAAAUGCUGUCACACGUACAGCAGUAAAUUUAGCAGAUGAAUGUAUGGUAGUUUAGUUCCUAGUCACCCCGAACAAGUGUCAUAAGUAAAAAUCCACCUGACAUGCCACCCUCUGACAUAAUGAACAUUUGGUUCAGGCACUGUGUGCACUAUCGUCAGCAUUGGGGAUUUGACAUGCCACCCUCUGACAUAAUGAACAUUUGGUUCAGGCACUGUGUGCACUAUUGGCAGCAUUGGGGAUUUGACAUGCCACCCUCUGACAUAAUGAACAUUUGGUUCGGGCACUGUGUGUUCUAUUGGCAGCACUGGGGUUUUGACUGGAUGAUUUUGUAGACAUGCAACGCAUUGCAAUAUCACAUAAGCAUAACAAAUGUACAUAAAAGUAUUUUAAUUUACCUGUUAAAUUUGUCCUAUUUAUUCCCAGUUGUUUUAGAUGCACCAACAGGGAUGAAUUCUGAUGUUUGGACAUUAGUAGUGGACAAGUUAUCUGAGCAUGCCAAUGUAAAGUAAAUAUUUGUUUAAUAGCAUUACACAAAUUGAUAUACCUACAGUUGUGGCUUCACCAAUGUCAACAUUACCGUCUGCCUGGGUUAAAAUAAAAUAAGAUUUGUAGCAGAGUCAUAAUUAUGUGUACAGACACAGAUUCUUACUAUUGGUGACUCCCUUCCCUGACUCAUAGGUAUACACCCUGGUUCAAAGGUAAUCACCCUGUCUCAUAGGUAUACACCCUGGUUCAAAGGUAACCACCCUGACUCAUAGGUAUACACCCUGGUUCAAAGGUAAUCACCCUGUCUCAUAGGUAUACACCCUGGUUCAAAGGUAAUCACCCUGUCUCAUAGGUAUACACCCUGGUUCAAAGGUAACCACCCUGACUCAUAGGUAUACACCCUGGUUCAAAGGUAAUCACCCUGUCUCAUAGGUAUACACCCUGGUUCAAAGGUAAUCACCCUGUCUCAUAGGUAUACACCCUGGUUCAAAGGUAAUCACCCUGUCUCAUAGGUAUACACCCUGGUUCAAAGGUAAUCACCCUGUCUCAUAGGUAUACACCCUGGUUCAAAGGCAACCACCCUUACUCAAAAGUAUACACCCUGGUUCAAAGGCAACCACCCUGACUCAUCGGCAUACACCCUGACUCAUAGGUAUACACUCUGACUCAUAGGUAUACAACCUUGUUCAAAGGUAAACAAUUAAUUACCCAGCUUUAAAAACACAGACAUUUAAACUUAAACCAGUAAUUAAAAUGUUCAAAGCAGCUAUUAAAUGGAACUUACACUGAACAUAGUCACUUGGGGGGGGGGGGGCCUAUGAUCAGGUUGGGUUAAAGGAAAUAAUAAUAUUUAUAGGUCUCCUAAUUUGCUCUUGGCUUGUUUGUAACAUUAUUUUUCCGUACUCAAAAAAAAGUGAAAUUGAGAUCACAGAAUCUAAAUUGUUCACUCUACUGAAACUGCACAAUUUUACAACUCUGUCCAAGAAAAUAAUUCAAUUAAACUCAAAUCCUCUUAGUAGGAGUGUUGAAUAAAAUUCCAACUUAGAGGGAAUGGGUUCAAUUCCAAUCCACUUAGAUACAUAGGAAUGGGUUCAAUGCCAAUCCACUUAGAUACAGAGGAAUGGGUUCAAUACCAAUCCACUUAGAUACAGAGGAAUGGGUUCAAUACCAAUCCACUUAGAUACAUAGGAAUGGGUUCAAUACCAAUCCACUUAGAUACAUAGGAAUGAAUUCAAUACCAAUCCAUUUAGAUACAUAGGAAUGAGUUCAAUACCAAUCCACUUAGAUACAUAGGAAUGGGUUAAUACCAAUCCACUUAGAUACAUAGGAAUGAGUUAAUACCAAUCCACUUAGAUACAUAGGAAUGAGUUAAUACCAAUCCACUUAGAUACAUAGGAAUGAGUUAAUACCAAUCCACUUAGAUACAUAGGAAUGAGUUAAUACCAAUCCACUUAGAUACAUAGGAAUGAGUUAAUACCAAUCCACUUAGAUACAUAGGAAUGAGUUAAUACCAAUCCACUUAGAUACAUAGGAAUGAGUUCAAUACCAAUCCACUUAGAUACAUAGGAAUGAGUUAAUACCAAUCCACUUAGAUACAUAGGAAUGAGUUAAUACCAAUCCACUUAGAUACAUAGGAAUGAGUUAAUACCAAUCCACUUAGAUACAUAGGAAUGAGUUAAUACCAAUCCACUUAGAUACAUAGGAAUGAGUUAAUACCAAUCCACUUAGAUACAUAGGAAUGAGUUAAUACCAAUCCACUUAGAUACAUAGGAAUGAGUUAAUACCAAUCCACUUAGAUACAUAGGAAUGAGUUAAUACCAAUCCACUUAGAUACAUAGGAAUGAGUUAAUACCAAUCCACUUAGAUACAUAGGAAUGAGUUAAUACCAAUCCACUUAGAUACAUAGGAAUGAGUUAAUACCAAUCCACUUAGAUACAUAGGAAUGAGUUAAUACCAAUCCACUUAGAUACAUAGGAAUGAGUUAAUACCAAUCCACUUAGAUACAUAGGAAUGAGUUAAUACCAAUCCACUUAGAUACAUAGGAAUGAGUUAAUACCAAUCCACUUAGAUACAUAGGAAUGAGUUAAUACCAAUCCACUUAGAUACAUAGGAAUGAGUUAAUACCAAUCCACUUAGAUACAUAGGAAUGAGUUAAUACCAAUCCACUUAGAUACAUAGGAAUGAGUUAAUACCAAUCCACUUAGAUACAUAGGAAUGAGUUAAUACCAAUCCACUUAGAUACAUAGGAAUGAGUUAAUACCAAUCCACUUAGAUACAUAGGAAUGAGUUAAUACCAAUCCACUUAGAUACAUAGGAAUGAGUUAAUACCAAUCCACUUAGAUACAUAGGAAUGAGUUAAUACCAAUCCACUUAGAUACAUAGGAAUGAGUUAAUACCAAUCCACUUAGAUACAUAGGAAUGAGUUAAUACCAAUCCACUUAGAUACAUAGGAAUGAGUUAAUACCAAUCCACUUAGAUACAUAGGAAUGAGUUCAAUACCAAUCCACUUAGAUACAUAGGAAUGGGUUCAAUACCAAUCCACUUAGAUACAUAGGAAUGGGUUCAAUACCAAUCCACUUAGAUACAUAGGAAUGGGUUCAAUACCAAUCCACUUAGAUACAUAGGAAUGAAUUCAAUACCAAUCCACUUAGAUACAUAGGAAUGGGUUCAAUACCAAUCCACUUAGAUAAAUAGGAAUGGGUUCAAUACCAAUCCACUUAGAUACAUAGGAAUGGGUUCAAUGCCAAUCCACUUAGAUAUAGAACCAUGAUGCUGUUGGAGACCUAUUUUCAUUAUCAUUUGCAACUUUAUGUUGCCACACAACAGAUAAAAUAUUUUGAGUACCUGUAACGUAAAGUUGGGUUUGAACCCACAGAACUGGCAGGUUGGUUCAGACACCUGGUUCUUAAACAACUUUUUAUUUACCACUCUAGGUGUGCGUGUACGACAGAGCGGGCCUUGGUUUCAGUGAAAGGCCUUUGGUAAGAAUCUUUCCGAACUUAACAUUUUAAAUUGUCGUGCUAAAGCAAGUCUUAAAACAUUUAUAUUUGAAAUGGAAAAUAUAAUUAUAAUGAAAAGUUUGAAUACUUUAUUGACAAUAGAUAUGAUAAGAUCUUAAUUUAACCGAUUUUCAUUCACAGAACAAGUCAGUUCCUGAUUCAGAUCCACAAAAUCAACUAAAUUUUAACUAUUAUGAAAGGUGGAAUCCGUUUACUGUGGAGAGGUAAAGUAUUUUUGAGAGGUGGAAUCCAUUUAACUGUAGAGAGGUAAAGUUUUUACAACAGGAUGAAUCCAUUUCCUGCGGAGAGGUAAAGUAUGUUUUCAUGCAGCUAUAAAAAGCACUGAUAUUGUUCAGUGAAACAUGUGAAUAGCACAAACCCUCUGGACUGAAACAGAAAGUGCUGUUAUCUCCAGGUUAAGCCACAAUCAUGCACAAUAAUUCUAAAGAGGAAGCCAUGUGCACAUUGGAAAGGAUAAGAAGUGAGGAUCUGCUGAAACAUUCUUAAUGAGUUAAUGCAGUUAUUCAAAUGUUUAAGUAUUCUCAAGAUACCUGUACAAAUGUUGCCCUUAUAAGCCACCACUGUUUUGUAAUGGCAGUUGUACCGGUACUGUUUUUAGAAUGGUGGAUGACCUACACAAGCUUAUCACAGGUUGUACUCACUACUGUUUUUAGAAUGGUGGAUGACCUACACAAGCUUAUCACAGGUUGUACUCACUACUGUUUUUAGAAUGGUGGAUGACCUACACAAGCUUAUCACAGGCUGUACUCACUACUGUUUUUAGAAUGGUGGAUGACCUACACAGGCUGUACUCACUACUGUUUUUAGAAUGGUGGAUGACCUACACAAGCUUAUCACAGGUUGUACUCACUACUAUUUUUAGAAUGGUGGAUGACCUACACAAGCUUAUCACAGGUUGUACUCACUACUAUUUUUAGAAUGGUGGAUGACCUACACAAGCUUAUCACAGGUUGUACUCACUACUGUUUUUAGAAUGGUGGAUGACCUACACAGGCCGUACUCACUACUGUUUUUAGAAUGGUGGAUGACCUACACAAGCUUAUCACAGGUUGUACUCACUACUAUUUUUAGAAUGGUGGAUGACCUACACAAGCUUAUCACAGGUUGUACUCACUUCUAUUUUUAGAAUGGUGGAUGACCUACACAAGCUUAUCACAGCCAGCAGUCAGCAGCCUAAUCCUUUAAUCCUUGUUGGAGCAGAAUUGGGGGCUAUCGUUUCACAGUUUUAUGCUCAUCUUUAUGAAAGGUAAUUUGACAUCUUCAUGAAAGGUAAUUUAACAUCUUUAUAUAAGGUAAUUUAACAUCUUUAAGAAAGGUAAUUUAAGAUGUUUGGACACGGGUGACUAAGCGAUAAAUGUAUAUGAUACGAUUUGUGAGAUUUUGCACAUCUUAACAAUAUAAAUAUGCACCACAUAGGAAGAUGCACCACAUAGUUAGGAAGAUGCAACUCAUCAACUUUUUUUACACUGAAUGUGACUUGAUUGCAUUUGUGCUUAUUUUCAGCUUUUGUUAUAGUUUUGGAUUUUUUUUUAUUUUUCUUUUGGAAUCAAUGAAUUGAGAAUGUGUUAAAUUUGCUUUGGACUGAUAUGUCUUGUGUUUGUAUUGUAGGUAGCUGCUUUUAAAAUGGAAUUAUUAGAUAUCUGAUCAUCAUCCAACAUAUAUUCACAUCCACCAUUUUUUAGUAACAAAUUAAGGUAUCAAAAUGACCAACCAAAGACAAAUUAGCCACAGACUUUAUGAUUAUCCGUGACCUUGAAAAAAUCAUUGAACUCUGUUUGGAAAUAACAGCCAAGAGUGUUCAAAAUCCCAAUGUACAAUUAAGUUGACCUCAGCACCUCACAGGUGAUCUCAGCACCUCACAGGUGAUCUCAGCACCUCACAGGUGAUCUCAGCACCUCACAGGUGAUCUCAGCACCUCACAGGUGAUCUCAGCACCUCACAGGUGAUCUCAGCACCUCACAGGUGAUCUCAGCACCUCACAGGUGAUCUCAGCACCUCACAGGUGACCUCAGCACCUCACAGGUGACCUCAGCACCUCACAGUUGACCUCAGCACCUCACAGUUGACCUCAGCACCUCACAGUUGACCUCAGCACCUCACAGUUGAUCUCACCACACAAUGGUUCACCUGCUCACCACACAAUGGUUCACCUAUGCACCACAUCCCAAUGUACAAUUAAGAGCCUCAGCACCUCACAGUUGAUCUCACCACACAAUGGUUCACCUGCUCACCACACAAUGGUUCACCUAUGCACCACAUCCCAAUGUACAAUUAAUAGCCUCAGCACCUCACAGUUGAUCUCACCACACAAUGGUUCACCUGCUCACCACACAAUGGUUCACCUGCUCACCACACAAUGGUUCACCUGCUCACCACACAAUGAUUCACCUAUGCACCACACAAUGGUUCACCUACUCACCACACAACAGUUCACCUGCUCACCACACAAUGGUUCACCUAAUGCUUUGCUUCAGACCAAUUAUAAAAUACAGCAAUAACUCAGACUUUCAAUACUGAAAACAAUUCAUGCAAUGUAAUCAAAACAAAUUUCCAUUUAUUUGGAUCAAUAAAAGAAUCUUAUCUGUCUUAUAAGUAGUGAUUGUUGAUAUUGUAAUAUUCUUAUCUUAUGAGUUGUGAUUUUUACUACGUAAUAGUCUUAAAAGUAAAGUUGAUUUGCAUUAUGCUUAUGUUCCUGCAAUUUUAAAUGUGAGCUAAGAAAUGAAUUGAUUGCAACUCUGUUGUACUUGCUAAGAAAUGAAUUGAUUGUUACUCUGUUGUACUUGCAAAGAAAUAAAUUGAUUGCUACUCUGUUGAACUUGCUAAGAAAUGAAUUGAUUGCUACUCUGUUGUACUUGCUAAGAAAUGAAUUGAUUGCUACUCUGUUGUACUUGCAGUGAUGUUCUGGGCUUGGUGUUGGUGAACCCUUUGUCAGAAGACUUGUUUCAACAGUCGGACAGUGUCUGGCUGCAACACUGGUAAGCUGUCUCUAUAGUCCUAGCACCACUGGUAAGCUGUCUCUAUAGUCCUAGCACCACUGGUAAGCUGUCUCUAUAGUCCUAGCACCACUGAUAAGCUGUCUCUAUAGUCCUAGCACCACUGGUAAGCUGUCUCUAUAGUCCUAUAUGCUUGCUUGACAAUAUUCUUAUUGAAGAUAUCAUUACGUUUUGACCUGUAAGCCUCAAUGUUUCUGAUUAGGUAAAUGUGGUAAGUUUUCUGGGCUUUUUAAGACUACCAUGGAUGUUAGCUGUUUUCUCGUGGCACAAUGCGUCUUUCAUUUGUAAUCUCACUGGUCAGCUCCACUGCCCUGCUAGUACCUGCUUUUACAUAGUCCCAACAAUGCUGCGGUCUAUGAUUUUUUUUUUUAUCUAAACUGCAUGUAGGCUGAGCAACAUAAAAGGAUCUGUAAAGCCAUGUAGGCUGAGCAACUUGGAAUCUGUAAGGCCAUGCUGAGCAACAUGGGAUCUAUAAAGCCAUCUGUAGUUCUCUUUGUUGUCAUGAGUCCUUGAGGUUCCAAUACCUGGCUACCGAACCGGUUUAAAUACAUAAAAGCCAAAAAACAAGAACAACGACCCCUAUGAAGUUGAUUGUUGCCGUAAAGAUUCCUCUUAUGCUCUAGGCAUGCUCUGGACAUUUUUUUUUAAAUACAGAUUUUUAGUGGACUAAAAUGACCAAAGUCCGAAAUAAUGCAAAAGCAUUUGUUUGUUUCGGUAGGAUAUUUUUGAUUUGUAAUGUGAUGUUUUGUUAUCUGUGUUUAGCACUACUUUGAUUAUGUGCUAUUUUAUUUUUACUGCAAAUGAUGCACACCCAACAAGAAUAUUGAUACUUAAGACAAUUGAACUUUUAAAUAAACACACAUUUAAGCAUCAUUUGUUUACAUCAAUCAAACACAUCCACCUACCCCCCACCCCGUAGUGAAACACAGGUGUCAUUUUCUAGUUUGGUUCUAUAGUGACACUUCAUUUACUGGUCUAGGCUCUGCACAUCAUAACCGUAUUAAUAGAUACUAUCUUAUCUGUUUUGAAUUAAAGUUAGAUAGAGCCAAGAUAAAUUUAAAAUUUAUAGCAAAUUUGAAAUUUCACAACAGGUAAAUUCUUGAUGGUGCCAAGGCGACCUGGAGCCUCUGUAUUUUUAUUUUUACUCUUUCUUUUUUUUUUUUUUUUUUUUUUUUUUUUUUUUUUUUUUUUUUUUUUUUUUUUUUUUUUUUUUUUUUUUUUUUUUUUUUUGUUUUUUUUUUUUUUUUUUUUUUUUUUUUUUUUUUUUUUUUUUUUUUUUUUUUUUUUUUUUUUUUUUUUUUUUUUUUUUUUUUUUUUUUUUUUUUUUCAAAAUCUGUCAGUAUGGAUAAUUUCUCUUUCAUUCAGUUUUUAUUAUUUUCACUUGUACUAGGUUUGGAAGCCUGAGCCCAACAUAUCAAACUCUUCAGUUAGGUGCAGCUUUGGGUAUCACAAGACUUGGCCUGCUACUUGGCGUUCUGAAGCAACCCAUCGUUGGCGAUUCUGUACCAAAUAAUGUCAUCCUCAGACAGGUAUGCAGAGUUUUAGGCCCAGCAAGAAUACACCACAUAAUGUCAUUUUGAAUAGGUUUUUUAAAAAGGUUUUUUUUGGGCUAUUUUUAUUUAAAGUAGAAGUAUGUAGCAUUGUAUUAAAAAUCUAUGGUUUAUCAUCUUAAUAGAAUACGAGCCCUAACAGGUCAUUCUUUUUUUGAAUGAUGCAGUUAUGCUGUUAAUGCAGUUUGAGGCUGCCUAGUGUCUAUUUAGCUUUGUUCCUGUUUAACCUGUUUAACCUGUUUGUUCCUGUUUAACCUGUUUGUUCCUGUUUAACCUGUUUGUUGCUGUUUAACCUGUUUGUUCCUGUUUAACCUGUUUGUUCCUGUUUAACCUGUUUGUUCCUGUUUAACCCGUUUGUUCCUGUUUAACCCGUUUGUUCCUGUUUAACCCGUUUGUUCCUGUUUAACCUGUUUGUUCCUGUUUAACCUGUUUGUUCCUAUUUAACCUGUUUGUUCCUAUUUAACCCGUUUGUUCCUGUUUAACCUGUUUGUUCCUAUUUAACCUGUUUGUUCCUGUUUAACCUGUUUGUUCCUAUUUAACCUGUUUGUUCCUAUUUAACCUGUUUGUUCCUGUUUAACCUGUUUGUUCCUGUUUAACCUGUUUGUUCCUUCCUGUUUGUUCCUAUUUAACCUGUUUGUUCCUGUUUAACCUGUUUGUUCCUAUUUAACCUGUUUGUUCCUAUUUAACCUGUUUGUUCCUGUUUAACCUGUUUGUUCCUGUUUAACCUGUUUGUUCCUAUUUAACCUGUUUGUUCCUAUUUAACCUGUUUGUUCCUGUUUAACCUGUUUGUUCCUGUUUAACCUGUUUGUUCCUGUUUAACCUGUUUGUUCCUGUUUAACCCGUUUGUUCCUGUUUAACCCGUUUGUUCCUGUUUAACCUGUUUGUUCCUAUUUAACCUGUUUGUUCCUAUUUAACCCGUUUGUUCCUGUUUAACCUGUUUGUUCCUGUUUAACCUGCUUGUUCCUGUUUAACCUGUUUGUUCCUAUUUAACCUGUUUGUUCCUGUUUAACCUGUUUGUUCCUGUUUAACCUGUUUGUUCCUAUUUAACCUGUUUGUUCCUGUUUAACCUGUUUGUUCCUAUUUAACCUGUUUGUUCCUAUUUAACCUGUUUGUUCCUGUUUAACCUGUUUGUUCCUGUUUAACCUGUUUGUUCCUGUUUAACCUGUUUGUUCCUAUUUAACCUGUUUGUUCCUAUUUAACCUGUUUGUUCCUAUUUAACCUGUUUGUUCCUGUUUAACCUGUUUGUUCCUAUUUAACCUGUUUGUUCCUGUUUAACCUGUUUUUUCCUGUUUAACCUGUUUGUUCCUAUUUAACCUGUUUGUUCCUGUUUAACCUGUUUGUUCCUAUUUAACCUGUUUGUUCCUGUUUAACCUGUUUGUUCCUGUUUAACCUGUUUGUUCCUAUUUAACCUGUUUGUUCCUAUUUAACCUGUUUGUUCCUGUUUAACCUGUUUGUUCCUGUUUAACCUGUUUGUUUCUGAUUUCAGAAAUACCUAAUGUGCCACCCUCGUCAUCUCAGUUCAGUUGUAGAUGAGCAUUAUUUUAUUAAUGAGACUUUUUCUCAAAUGAGGUAUUCAGAAUUUUUAAUUUUUUUUGUUUCUUCUUAUUUUUAAAAUGAUCUUCUUCUUUAUAUUAAGGGGCCAAGAUCAAUUUAUUGAUCAUUCUGGCUCCUAUGCAUUGAGAGGGGACUUGCAAUGUUUCUGUGCCAGGGCUUGUCGAAGAUAUUUCACUGGUUGCAAGGGCUACUUAGUGAUGGUAUCAUGCACUGAGGGUUUGAAGGCUUGAGGCAAUAGACACAAAUGUGUUAAGUUUAGUCGCCUCAACUGUUCCUUUUGAAGCUUAUUCCAGUCCCUGAUUGUCUUUGGCAGGAAUGAGCAGUUCCUAUACUGGCUACUUACUGGUAUGAGCCGGAACUGCCUGUCAUGGCCUCGUCGCUGUCAAUGGGGGAGAGGGACGAGUUUCUGUUUAAUGCUGGAGCAGUGGACCAGUCCAUUAUUUAUCUUGUACAUCAUGGAGAACCUGGAAAGUUGUCAUCAUUCCUCCAACGGUGAUCAGCCCAGUGUUUCCAGCAUGCUGCCAACACUAGAGGUGUUCCUUUAGCGGUUCAGGACAAAGCGUCAUUGGACCGUCUCCAACCUGUCGAUGCUCUUUUUGUUAAAUGGGUCCCAGACUGAAGAUGCAUAAUCUAAAAGCAGCCGGACAAAGGCUUUAUAGGCUCUUUCUUUCACACCGGAGUUGCCGAUCUUUACAUUACGCCUUGAGAACCCUAGGGUUUUGUUUGCCUGGUUGCACACAUUGUUAAUAUGCUCGUCCCAGCGGACGUAUCUUUGAAUGGUAACACCCAGGUAUCUUACGGAGGAAACUGGCUCAAGCAUAUGACCAUGCAGUUGGUAAUGGUGGUGUACUUUGCUUUAUGUGGAGAAAAGGUCAUGCUGCUGACAAUUGGAUUGAAUCUCAUUUUUUUAAUUUAAUGAUGGCAUGAGGGAUCAUUCCCCUUUAAUAAUCAGUUAUUUUUUUUGCUGUUAUUUACAUUGUGAUUUUCUAAUGUAGGCAUUAAAAUAUGAAAUGGGAAAUGCUCCAAAUAGCUAAUGUUAGGAACACAACUAAACUUUAGGAAUAUAACUAAUGUUACGAAUACAACUAAUGUUAGAAACACAACUAAACUUUAGGAAUAUAACUAAUGUUACAAAUACAACUAAUGUUAGGAACACAACUAAACUUUAGGAAUAUAACUAAUGUUACGAAUACAACUAAUGUUAGGAACACAACUAAACUUUAGGAAUAUAACUAAUGUUACAAAUACAACUAAUGUUAGGAACACAACUAAACUUUAGGAAUAUAACUAAUGUUACAAAUACAACUAAUGUUAGGAACACAACUAAACAUUAGGAAUACAACUUAUGUUAGGAAUGCAGCUAAUGUUAAAAAUGCAACCUAUAUUACGAAUACAACUAAUGUUAGGAACACAACUAAACUUUAGGAAUAUAACUAAUGUUACAAAUACAACUAAUGUUAGGAACACAACUAAACUUUAGGAAUAUAACUAAUGUUACGAAUACAACUAAUGUUAGGAACACAACUAAACUUUAGGAAUAUAACUAAUGUUACGAAUACAACUAAUGUUAGGAACACAACUAAACAUUAGGAAUACAACUUAUGUUAGGAAUGCAGCUAAUGUUAAAAAUGCAACCUAUAUUAGGAAUACAACUUAUGUUAGGAAUACAACUAUGUUGGUUUCAGUGGCUCUAAUUUUUUAAAAACAUUAAACAAUUUUAUUCUAUCAAAUAAUUUGAUCCAUUUACUUAACACUUUGAACCAGGUAUCCCGUUCUAUCUGUGUGUUAAACAUCCAUAGCGCGCCUGACCGAUAUUUUGAUCUCUCAGGUUGAUAAUCAUGUGAAUGAUUCAAGGUCUAACCCUAGUCCUAUCCCUGGUUUUUAUGAAAAUCAGGGCAUCAUUGACCAUCCACACUAUGCCAUUCUACAUGACCAUCCACACUAUGCCAUUCUACAUGACCGUCCACACUUUGCCAUUCUACAUGACCGUCCACACUUUGCCAUUCUACAUGACCGUCUACACUUUGCUAUUCUACAUGACCAUCCACACUAUGCCAUUCUACAUGACCGUCCACACUAUGCCAUUCUACAUGACCGUCCAGACUAUGCUAUUCUACAUGACCGUCCACACUGUGCUAUUCUACAUGACUGUCCACACUAUGCCAUUCUACAUGACCAUCCACACUAUGCCAUUCUACAUGACCGUCCAGACUAUGCCAUUCUACAUGACCGUCCACACUUUGCCAUUCUACAUGACCGUCCAUACUAUGCCAUUCUACAUGACCGUCCAGACUAUGCCAUUCUACAUGACCGUCCACACUUUGCCAUUCUACAUGACCGUCCAUACUAUGCCAUUCUAUAUGACCGUCCACACUAUGCUAUUCUACAUGACCAUCCACACUAUGCCAUUCUACAUGACCGUCCACACUAUGCCAUUCUACAUGACCGUCCACACUAUGCCAUUCUACAUGACCGUCCACACUAUGCCAUUCUACAUGACCGUCCACACUAUGCCAUUCUACAUGACCGUCCACACUAUGCCAUUCUACAUGACCGUCCACACUAUGCCAUUCUACAUGACCGUCCACACUAUGCCAUUCUACAUGACCGUCCACACUAUGCCAUUCUACAUGACCGUCCACACUAUGCCAUUCUACAUGACCGUCCACACUAUGCCAUUCUACAUGACCGUCCACACUAUGCCAUUCUACAUGACCGUCCACACUAUGCCAUUCUACAUGACCGUCCACACUAUGCCAUUCUACAUGACCGUCCACACUAUGCCAUUCUACAUGACCGUCCACACUAUGCCAUUCUACAUGACCGUCCACACUAUGCCAUUCUACAUGACCGUCCACACUAUGCCAUUCUACAUGACCGUCCACACUAUGCCAUUCUACAUGACCGUCCACACUUUGCCAUUCUACAUGACCGUCUACACUUUGCUAUUCUACAUGACCAUCCACACUAUGCCAUUCUACAUGACCGUCCACACUAUGCCAUUCUACAUGACCGUCCAGACUAUGCUAUUCUACAUGACCAUCCACACUGUGCUAUUCUACAUGACUGUCCACACUAUGCCAUUCUACAUGACCGUCCACACUAUGCCAGUCUACAUGAACGUCCACACUUUGCUAUUCUACAAGAACGUCCACACUUUGCCAUUCUACAUGACCGUCCACACUAUGCCAUUCUACAUGACCGUCCACACUUUGCUAUUCUACAUGACCGUCCACACUAUGCCAUUCUACAUCACCGUCAACACUAUGCCAUUCUACAUGACUGUCCACACUAUGCCAUUCUACAUGACCGUCCACACUUUGCCAUUCUACAUGACCGUCCAUACUAUGCCAUUCUAUAUGACCGUCCACACUAUGCUAUUCUACAUGACCAUCCACACUAUGCCAUUCUACGUGACCGUCCACACUAUGCCAUUCUAUAUGACCGUCCACACUAUGCCACUCUACAUGACCGUCCACACUUUGCUAUACUGCAUGACAGUCAACACUAUGCCAUUCUACAUGACUGCCCACACUUUGCUAUUCUACACCAAUUCUAAGACAGGUUUCUCCCCGUUAUAACACAUUAUAAUAGUAAUCUACUGCUAAAAGACAAAUUUAAAUAGUAUGAACUCAUAAAUAAAAUUUACAUAAUUUUAUAAUCAUGGAAUUUUAUUUGCUUGCACGUCUGCUUGUGUAAAUUUACCCCGUGAGCCCAGGGGCUUGGGUAUUUAAGGACCAGGAGCCCAGGGGCUUGGGUAUUUAAGGACCAGGAGCCAAGGGUUCAAAGUGUUCAAACUACAGCAUAGCUUUAGUCAGAUACUGCUGGGUAAACAUCCAUUUUUAGUUGAUCUUGUCUAAGAGCUGCAUCACAGGAGCAGACCUUGUUAGGAGCAGACUUUGUAAGGGGCAGACAUUGUUAGGAGCAGACGUUGUUAGGGGCAGGCGUUGUUAUGGGCAGACGUGGUAAGGGGCAGACAUUGUUAGGAGCAGAUUUUAGCUCUUGUAUUAAUGCUUACUAAUUUUUAAAGCUUUUUUUUAAUUAAGAUAUAUUUAAGAUGUAUUUGUUAAUCUUUGUUAAUGUUAACUAUAGUUGACACUAGCAGCAUUUUUAGUUAAGCAUGAGAUAUGCCAAGUGGCUCAUUAUAAAAUAUGACUUUUAAAUGAUGCAGUUAUUCCUUUAUCAUAUAAAAUUAGAUAAAAUAAUAAUAACUUCUUUAUACUAAUAUCUUUAUUUAACUUAAGUGUAUCUAAAUUAACCUCAUAGUCAUAGACAAAUUCUGUAUUUUAAUAAAAAUUGUAAUACAGAAUUUUUUUCAUGAGGUUUAUUUCAACAUUAUCCAAGGAUGGCCAAAAUGAUUCUCUUUGAAUGACAGUCGACCAGCAUGAGUAAUUAUGUUAGCAUACUUUAGAUGACUGCACAUAAAUGUCAAUACGCACCCACGUAAAUGUCAAUAUGCACCCACAUAAAUGUCAAUAUACACCCAUGUCUGCAUUAAUAAUCUGUUUUAUUUAACAGGACAUUAAGAAAAAUAAAAUCCUUGGCGUCCAGCAUUACCGUCUCUGUACUGACAGGAAAUUAUUAUGAUGAGCAGAUGCCGAGUCAUUUGAAUAAAGUGAGCCCUUAAGUUAUAACUAUUGAUUUAAAUGGGAAUUUUUUUUACUUAGUUACACCUUAUAGUUUCCCCUGUCCAAAAGACUUUUUGUGCGAUAAAAUAACCGAGUUGAGAAAACAUCAGUUUAUUUAUUUAGUUCACACCGUCUUUAAUUAUAAUAAUAAGUGCUUAUUUUGGGAACAAAAAAAAGUCAGAAAGAUAAUGACCAUAAUUGAACCAAAAUGUUCUUGUUUCAAAUGCUCAUCAUUUUUUAAAUGAUUUUACUUCCUUGGUUUGGUUUGUUUAUUUAAAGCCAGAGAAACAAUCAGUGAUAAAAUUUACAUUCAAUUACAUCCACCUUUCGUUAAAAAUAGUUAUAAUAAUACUAAUUCUACUUUACAGAACAUAGCCCUAAUUGUUUUUGACGUUGUAAUUAUUUUAUUUUGCAAAAUAAUGAUAAUAUGUGUAUCGGCGAGCUAUGGAAAAAGAUUUAGCCUCAUACUUAUUGCUGUAAGGAUUAAUGAAAAUAAGCAUUAAGAAAGUGGUGACUCAAAGUGUUGCAGAAAUAAGAUCAUCUUUAUUUUGUAUAUCAACUACAGGCCUGGGCAAGGGCAGAGCAGAGCCUGUUGUCAAAGUUCCCGUCCAAUGUUCAACAUUCCGUUGUCAAUGGGGCAGACCGCCACAUGAUGUACAGAAAACCAGAGCCCAUUGUUGAAGCGGUGCUUAAAAUUAUAAGAAAGUGGAAAAGGACAAAAAUUAUUAGUGGCACUCAGGCAGCAUGAUGAAAUGCUGUAGGUCAAAGGUCAUAAGUGUGUUCAUGUACAGUGUGUUGAGGCAGAAUGAGAAAGUGACAGUAGUGUGUUAUCAAGAGUUGUGUGUGAAUAAUACAUUGACAUUUAUAAAUGUAACUGCUGGUGGUAUUUCUUUUGUUUAAAAAUGUGUUAUUUUUUUUAAAAAAAAGAGUUUCAAAUAUUGUUCCUGUUUUAAUAUCUCAGUGUUAACAAAUAUCUUUUGCAAUUAUUAAUAACUUUACUGGAGUAGGUUUAAGUUGUACUGAAAUGUUUGCAUUCCUUUUUUUUGUGAUGCAUUUAUUCUGUUACCGUUAUUUGGGGGUUGUAAAUUACUGUCAAUCAAAAUUGUGUUUAAGUUAUAAUUUAAGUCAAAGUGUUAG